AUGCCGCUUUUUGACAAGCUGUCCGAAUAUCUGCCCCUCUGGACCCUUCCCCAUCCCGCAGGCGACCACCCCCCGCUCGACGACUCCGCCCGAUCUCCUCCGCCAUCAGAUGCCAUCUUCCAGCCCAUACAACGGACUCAGACGUCCGGCGCUUCCCCCGCCGAUUCGCCUGUAGAAUCCGGUUCUCGACUCCCACAAUCUGUUGAAAGCGUUCCAGAGUCCACUCCCGCUUCUAGCAAUGCCGAAGGACUUCGAUAUUAUCGUGAACCUCGACCAGUACGUCCCAAAUACCGCCAGCCUUUUCCUCGAUCCGAAUCAGGGAUGCGUCGUCUGCCCGGCGAGAAGUCUUCGCAUACUACGCAGCUCCGGCCUUCCGAACUACAAGAUGAACUUCGCCUAUUCCCUCCCAGCAAACGCAAUAAUACUACGCAGGCAGGAGCCGCUGCAGGAUACAUAGGGCCCGAACAGUCCAAGAAACGCCGUCGCCAGGAUUACUCAGACACCAGCUUUAAGAAACCCAUCAACCUCUCCGACGAUGUUGAGCGCCCCGCACGGGCACCCCAUCCUGGUGCCGAGCACUCGUCACGUAUGUCUCCCACUUUGAGUCACAGCCCAAGGAAGAAAAGGAAGCAGCGGGAUAACCGACCCACAAAAGUGAAAGAGUUCCGAGAUAUCGAGGACAUUGUCUCGCCCAGAGUACACCGCAGUCCGAAACGUGGUGCCAAGGCCUGCCAGAAAAGCCCCUCGGAGGACGAGCACGAAGAGCGCUUCACCGAAAAUGCAGCCAAGGCAAGACGGAAGGCCUCAUCCCUGCUGGGCAAUGACGCUCCCGAACCAGACAAACUGGGGAAACCGACCAAACAUCAGGUUUUCGAAAGUGUUGAGAUUGUCAAUACCCAGUUGUCGGCUGUCGGUAAAUGCGGCGCGAAAAAGAAUCGGACGAUUGAGAACCCCAUUCAGAUGGAGACACGAAGGCGUACGCCUGACUCCAGGGAAAGCUCGGAUGAGCUGCAAGGGGCAGUCACAGUGCAGAUACCGUCGUUCUCGGGUGGAGACCUCAGAAGACGCGUCAGAAGUGAUUCGGAGGUGGAGGAACACCCAGCCACCGGAAAGCGUCAGCCCGACAUUCGACCGACCGUCUUCGAAUCGCCUGAAAGUGGGCCUCAGCGGAAGCAAAAGAAGAAGAGUGUCAAAUCUUCAAAGGUUGUUUUGACCCGGUUCUUCAAUGUGGUUUUCGUCCGAUUGGGCUCGAUUGAACAAGAGGCAUCAGCCGAUGAGCCCGUUGAGCUGGAUGUGAACCUUACACAUCGCAGCAUCUCAUUAACUGAUGAGGAUGCUACCAAAUCCUUUAUAUUACCUUUCACCAAAAUCUUAAGCAUCAUGAAGGGCAACUCCCCAAGCCACAAGGUCAGACUACAGUUAUCAAAGAUGUCUGGAAUCGACCAGCGAGUUGAUGUCGAGUUCGUAUCGGCGCGAGUGAAAGAGGAGUUUUGUUCUUUCCUGACCGGACAGAACUUUCGAAUAGACAGCAGAGACGGGGAGUGGCUGGACAAAGCGUUCAACAAAGCCCGGAGAGAACUCAAACAAUCUUCAAAUGGCAUGAAACGGCCUGCGGAAAGCGCCCCCGAUCCCAUUUCCGCCAAGCAGCCCGAUUCUGCGAAAAGGGUGAAGCUCACCGACGCCCUGCGGGACGCAGCGAAACCUUCUGGCGCAUCUCGGGAAUGUGCAAACCCCUCCAUUACCGCAGCUAAACCCAACGAAACAUCUCAGCCUAAAAAGAGUCCAAGUCCCUCACCUCAACAACUAACCGAGAACACGGUGUCAGCUGCAGCAAAGAAGUCGAAGCUGUCGUCCGAUCGAGCGACAAGAGCAAUGGUGCGCCGACCUACUACGGCUACGGUCGUAUGCGACGAUAGCGACGAUGACCUUGCGCAGCAGCAGCCUUUGCCCGAUGGACAGGCUGAAAGGUGGCAUAUACCACUCGUGUAUCCGCCAUCCGGAAAGAAAAAGGCCGAGGUGACCAUGUCUGAUCUCAUACGACUGGGAGACAACGAAUUCUUGAAUGACAACCUCAUCGGGUUCUACAUCCGGUUUCUCCAAGAGCAUCUGGAUCGGACUAACAAAGAAACGGCACAAAGAGUUUAUUUCUACAACUCCUUCUUCUACCACAAUCUUACAAACAGGCCCAGAGGCACACGGGCUAUUAACUAUGAAGGCGUGCAAAAAUGGACGAGAACCGUCGACAUCUUCAGCCACGAUUAUGUGGUGGUGCCGAUCAACGAAAAUGCGCAUUGGUAUGUUGCCAUCAUCUGCAACCUACCGAGCCUUCAGGGGAUUGCAAACAAAGAACCGGCCCCCGGAGGAUCGGCGGAAGUAGAGACAGAGACAUCGGUUCCCCCAGACAGUCAGGUCCAGGAGGUACCGGAAACACCGGAGCCUGAAGUGGCACCCAACCAAGACAAGACGGAGGAACAGACUCCAGGCACAGAUUCCUCAACGGAGAAAUUGGCGAAACAGUCACUCGCUUUCAUGAGCCUAGAACAAGGCGCCGAGAAAGGCAAAGGCAAAGAAGAUCCUUCUGCAAGCGAAGAGUGGCCAGAGCAAGAAGACAUGCCAGUUAAACCGCCAAAAACCCUAUCUAACAUCGCAGACACGGGGGCUUCUGGGCUCGCUGCAAAUCCUCGCAAGACCAAGACGAAGCGAUCGGGUCCCAGAUACGAUGCUUGCCAGCCGAUCAUCAUCACUUUCGACUCCCUAGACCUGACUCGCUCUCCCACCAUACGAUGUUUGCGCGAAUAUCUCUUUGAGGAGGCGAAGUCCAAGCGGGGCGUCGAGAUCGACAAAACCCUGAUCAAGGGCAUGACGGCCCGGGGAAUCCCCCUCCAGCCUAACUUCUCCGACUGCGGUUUGUAUCUCCUGGCGUAUCUGGAAAAGUUCGUCCAAGACCCGGACCUGUUCAUCAGGAAGCUCCUCCACAAGGAGAUGGACUCGGAGAACGACUGGCCGGUGCUGAAGUCCGGUCUUCUCCGGUCUCGACUGCGGAAGUUCCUCGAUGCGCUGUAUGACGAGCAGGAGCUGCUGAAGCGACAGGAGUUCGACCCGAAGACCACCAUGGUCGAUAGGAAGCCUAUCUGUUAUCUCUUGAAGACUUCUGUGUCUGCGGCGGAGGCUAAGCGCGAGAAGAAAAAGUCACCGCUGCGAAAAGAGAAGUCCCCGUCUGGGGAGGCGAAGUCGGGAAGCGAUGCGAGGGGUUCUUCGGCGACUGGAUCGGAUGCGAAUGGCCGGGUCAACGCGAAGGAGGGAAAGUCCGACAAGCCUCGGAAGCCGUCGCCGCAAUCACCAACCGUGGACGUGAAACGGGCCCCUACUCCCUCUGAACCCCGCGAUACCAACACAGCGAAGCAAUCCCUCGAGCCCGAAGUCGUCCUCGUACCAGACAGCCAACCCGAGACCACCCCAUCCACCACCGAAAGGCAAGCCCCCGGACCCCGUCCUCGUCCACGCAGUCCGGAACGCAAACCAUCGUCCCAGACUAUCAACGACGAAGAAGUAGAGGACAGCAGCCCCGAAGACAUCGUGACCGCCGUUGCGGUGCCAGUGGAAACGCAAGUCCGGGGAACGCCUCCCCCGUCCGCCCCCGUCCGCCCCCGUGCGAAACAGUGUUGA